AUGCAUGACGUUUUCCCCUUAGUUCGACCUCUUUCACCAAUUGUGAGGAAAGUGUGGAACGUUCUUCGCGUGUCUCCAGAUUGAAGCCAGCUUUUCUGCGCUAUUUCCCUACGUAACCAAGAUUAAACAUGGGAAAGGCCAAGAAGGAUGACCGCAUGACAUUUGGUCAAAAUUUCAUUUCUGGCGGUAUUGCUGGAGUCACAAGUAGAACGAUCACUUCCCCACUCGACGUUGUCAAGAUUCUGUCCCAAGUUGGCACCAAGGACACCAGAGCCGGCUUCCUGAAAACCUUUUCAAAUGUCUACACAAAUGAAGGAGUCAGGGCUUUCUGGAAGGGUAAUGGUAUCGCUUGCAUUCGUCUUUUCCCCUACUCCGCUAUCCAGUUUGCAGCUUUCAACCAGUUCAAGCUAUGGAUGGUGGAUGAGCAUGGCCGCCUCGGCGCUCUAUCUGCCAUGGCCGCCGGUUCAGGAGGUGGAAUCGUUGCUACCGUUACCACGUACCCAACUGACAUGGUGAAAACCAGGUUGACAGCUCAGCAUUCCGACCCCACAAAGAAGAAGUACAAGGGUAUCAUUGACGCCUUCAGACUGAUCGCAAAGGAGGAGGGAAUCUUGGCUUUCUACAAGGGAAUGUCCACCUCUAUCAUUGGUGUGAUACCCUUCGCUGGAGGUACGUUCAUGGCGUACGAAGUCUUGGACAAGGCCUGGGGCAAGCCCAAGACUGAGAUGUCUCCCGUUGAGAACUUCAUUAACGGCUGUUUGGCAGCUUCUUUCGCACAGACGUUCUCCUUCCCAUUCGACACCAUCAGAAAGAAGUUGCAGGCUCAGAGCAAGGCGAUCGCGGGAGGUGGAGGCGUUGAUAUCGAGUUCAACGGUAUGGUUGAUGCCUUCGUCCAGACUGUGAAGAAGAACGGAAUUUUUGGACUGUGGCGUGGAACCACCGCAACCUGGCUAAGGUUGCACCAUAUGCCGGGUUCAUGUUCAUGGGCUUCGAAGCCAGCAAGAGAGUGCCUGUACAGGCAACGGAUACACAACAAGCCCGAUCUGGGACAACCCCAAGCCCGGUGUGGACCAGAGUUUCACACCCACCGAGCUGGCCGCAUGGUACAAAAAGGAGAAGGAGCUCGGCCACGACCAUGACCAUUAGAGAGU